AUGGGGGAAGAGGAAGAUGGAAUGGCACCCAGACCCCCAACCAUGGAUUCGCAGUCAUUAAUGACAUCCCAAAAUACAUUUGGAGAUCCAAAUGAUGUCCCGGAUCAUAAUUUGUACCCUCCAAAUUCGAGUAAUCCGGAGUACUUCCAACAACAAUUUUCUGCAUUCCCAGAGUCUUCAGAAAAUGUUGGUUGUACAUUUUCUGAUGCUGCUGAUGAAAUGUUAUUUGACAUAAAUGAAGAUUUAGAGGGUACCACUGUUAUCCCGGAUGAUGAGGUACGGGUCGAAACACCAAGAGCCGGCAUGGAAUUUGUUAGUGAGAAUGAGCUGAUGGACUAUUAUAAGAAAUAUGCCAAGCAAGAGGGGUUUGGUGUAAGGACACAGAGGACUAAGAGAGAUGACGAAGGGAGAUCCGUGUAUGUUACUAUUGGUUGUGCCCGUGGCGGAAAAUACCAACCUAAGAACAUUAAUAUGUCGAAGCCACGUGCGACAACCAAAACGGAUUGUAAAGCAAAGAUAAAUGCAACGUUGAACAAGAACGACAAAUGGGUUAUCACUACAGUUGAAAGUGCACACAACCACAUUACGGUCAGCCCCAAGAAGACAAGACUCUUGCGAUCUCACAGGCAUCUAGAUGAGCACAGUUAG